UGCAAGUGUUGCCUGGGGGGGGGGGUCCCUGAGUGCCAACCCUUUAUGCUUUCAGGCUUUUCUUGUUAUAUUAUGGGGGAAAUUCAGUGUUCCUCCAUGCUGACUGCCCCAAGCUUCCUGUAUGUGCUGUAAUCCACCACUGCAACCAGCACUGGCCUCACUUCAUACAGUCAAUACCACAGCAGGAAAACUACGACUGCGUUUGAAGGGUCGAGAUAUACAGGGAGGAGGGAAGGAGAGAAUUAUAGACAGAAGAAGAGGAGAGAGAGCGUGAUGAAUGUUGACUCUAACAUUGUGUAACUCUGACAGAUUAUUCAUUGUGCUAUUAGUUUUCAGCAGCAGCUUACGGUUGCCAAUCUACACAAAAGAGGCAUACCAGUAAUGGCAGUUGGGUUUAGAGUUUUCAAUAAUGCACUACUGAGGAUUAUAGACUUCAUAGUUGAGUUUUACAUAGGUUGUCAACCUUUAACCACUGCACAGUUGAAGCAGGAAACAAAAUUUAAAGGUCAGACAGUUCUUUGGAAAUAAGAGUUAAGUUGCACAAUCAUGGCUAAUAAAACCCCAAAGACUUAAAAAAGGAAAAGCAGAUUAGAGUUUGAUGAAGGCUGUAUGAAAGCUUUAGUAAAACUUAAUUUUCCAAACUUCUAGAACACCUCUACAUACAGUACACCUGGUAAUUUGUGUCUUUAGCUAGAUAGAUGGAUCUCUUUCAUUCUGUUAUGUUUUAUAUUAGUUUUCUCCCACUCUGUCUUUGCUCCCUUUGCUGUCUGUUCUCAUUUUUUCUUCUCUUCCAGUGGAAGACAGAUUGUUAAAGGGAGUGUAAGUGAGUAAAGUAGCAACUCCCGUACUAUAAACCCCUGAGCCUCCCCUUCAUCACCAAAACACUCCACACAAAAAUCUGAAUCCCUUAAGGGCAGACCCUCCAGCGUCACAUCUUGUACAGAUAAAAGGCUUCGGUCGUGGCUGAAUAAACGUUCCCGGCUUCAACCACGAGCCCAGCCUGAACCAUCCGGCGCUGCGGCUGCCCGCCUCCCAGCCUGCUGUCCAGGGAUAAGCACAGACGGGGAGGCUGGGGGACGAAAAGAAGACAGAGGGAGAAAGGCAAACUCUUACUUCACCACUCAAGCUUCUCAGCUUCUUGCUGUCAAGAAAGUGGUUUAACAAAACAUCCGAUUGUGCAAACCCAAGUCCCAGUCCUACCUCUUGCUGGUAGCCAGCUCCGUUAGAGAAGUACAUUUUAUAGAAGUACAUUGAAGGGAAAAGAUUUGAGAGAGCACAAAACAAACUCACCCUGCAAGUCACCCUUUGAGAGCACACAGGUACGGAUUUGUAAGAGCAGAACUAGAUUUGUGCGCGAGAAAGGACAGAAUUGGGACAGAUGAUUUGAGCAUGCAAGAGGAAUUGUCCGACUACAUUUGAUCCAGCAAAAGAGAUUCUCACACUGGUAAUGAUCCAAGCUGCUCCAGCUCACUUUUGGCAGCCUGAAUCCCCUGAGAGUUUCACCUGUUUAAUUUGACCUGGAAGUGAAAAAUCAAAAUGUGUCGAGUUGACACUAAUAUCACAUUUAUUUUAUUGGCAAUUUAUUUUAUCUUUUUUUUUUUGUGAGUGAGUUUGGAGUCAAAUUUAAUGAAAUAUUGUUUAAUAAUGUUAUGAGGAUGUGUUGCAGCAUUCAGAAUGAUAAUUUCAGAAUAGGUGUGGCGCAAAUCUGAUUUACCGGUUGGAAUAAAUUAGGCGACAGUAAGUGGAUCAGUUGGAACAGAUAAUGCGGACUCUACCUCUGAGAAAUACAUGACCCUGCUGUCCAGAUGUGGGUGUGUCCAGGUUGGCAGGCGACCUCCUUGUGAUCUCAAGUGUUCCAAAAUUCAGAGAGCAGGUUUAGAAAUGAGCUUGUGCGUGGCCAGGAUUACGCGCUGAAAUUGCAUACUGAGUAGCGAUCCAAAUUAGUUUUGUGCUCUUUCAAAUCUUCGUCGUCAAUAUACUUCCAUACUCUGUCAGAUAAGUCGAGAAAAAGAACAAAUCACCCAGCAUGGAAAAACAGGGAAAUUGGAAAAGAGUUUGCUUUUUUUAUCUGCAGAAUUGGUCCAUGUCAAAACCUGAAAACAAGUUAUUACAAGAGAUUAUGAACUGAUAUUAGAUUAUUGGGACAGUUACGUGAAGAAUUGGCCUCCCACAAAGUUAAAUAACUUUAAGUGCAUGUAGUUCGGUCUUAUCUUUGCACCAACAACAUAAAAAAACACAUUUAAACAGAUUUGGAAUUAGUUUAGUCUCAGACAUUAGAUAUUUGAUUGCACUGUCCAGCUGUUCAGGAUCAUAGCUUUAAUACUCCUGUCAGUGUCAGAUGCCAUAUUUUGUUUCUUUUCCAUUUUCAGUCUUCAUCCAAGAAAUUGCAUGUUUGUACAAUAUUAUUAUUGACAGGAAUAUGUGUUUAAGAAAUCACUAAGGUCACCAAACACACCCAGCACACAAGGGCGAACCAAGUUCUGUUUUAGGGUGGAUUUCCCCUGAAAGCGUGCAGCCAAAACAAACUCCUGCUGAUGGUUUGCCUCUUGCCUCCGGUCUCGCUGGCCUGCUUCUAGACAGCAGCCGAGGGACCCUCAGCGCUCAGAGGGCGGAGUGGAGGAGUCCUCCAGCCCUCCCACUGGCUAUAAGACCAGGGGCAGACGGAAACACACAGACGGCAGGCACACGUGGAGCAAAGAGGCAGGGAGAACGAAGGACGUGGAGAGAGGCUGAGAGAGAGAGAGAGAGAGAGAGAGAGAGAGAGGGAGAGAAACCAAUAGAGAGCAAGAGACAGUCAAACUGCUGCCACAGACUGGGAGUAGUUUUUGCUAUUGGGAUUGAAACAGACAAUUAUAGAAACAAAGGACCAAAAAAGAAGUUUAGAGAAGAAAAAAAAGUCAACAGCCAUUUGACUUCAACGUGCCAUUUUAAAUUUGGGAUUAACAGAAAGAAGAACUGACCUUUUGGGAUGUGAAGUGUUUUGUGUAAACCAAGAGUGAAAAACACAGCCGCUCUGAGGUCAAGUUGCUCUGGACCACUGACCUAAGGAUAAACUCGCUGAUCUUUUAAACCAAGCCUAACUCAACCAUAAGGGCUACAUCUGACUCACCUGGCUUUUGCUACCAAGAGACGUUGGGGGUAAAGUAAUUUCAGUGGUGGGUGCCUUUUGUCAAAAGCAUCAACAGAACAAUAGCUAAGCAACUUUUGAUAUCAAACUUGCAACCGUAACAAGUUGAAAGUCGCCAAGUGGAAGUCUCACUAGGAUUGACCAGCAGCUGACAGAACAUUGUUUACGGUGAAGAUGACAUUCGCCAUGCUGCGCACGGCGCCUCCCGCAGGCCGCUUCUUGUACGGCGACAUCGCGCUCCUCUCCGAAGACGAUGAUGAGAACGGUAGCGAGGGGUCGGGCUCUGAGGAGCGUACCACCAAUUCCUCCAACUACCGCCUGUCCUCUUCGCCAUCUGCCUUUCACAUCAAGGUGAACAGGAAGAGGAAGCUGUGUGGGGCAGGAGGGGGUGUAGGGGGGGAUGUAGAGGCCAUGAUGGGGAGGCUCCUUCCCCAGGGGUCACCCAUCCUUGGGGAGGGUCGCCAGAGGACUGCAGCCAACGCGCGGGAGAGAGAUCGCACCAAUUCUGUCAACACGGCAUUCACAGCGCUGCGCACACUCAUCCCCACCGAGCCCGCAGACAGGAAGCUGUCAAAGAUCGAGACGCUUCGUUUGGCCAGCAGCUACAUCAGCCACCUGGGGAACGUCUUGCUCCUGGGCGAGGGGCUUCAUGAUGGACAGCCGUGCCACGCUCCCUCACCACCGUUCUUCCACGUGAACUCCUCCCCCAACCGAGUAUCUGACCAAUCAGCUCAGCCAAAGCACAUCUGUACUUUCUGCCUCAGCAACCAAAGGAAAAUGAACAAAGACAGAGACAGGAAGACGGCCAUCAGAAGUUAACAAUGAGGACACAAGCCACACGGAUGAAACGCUCGUCACUUUGACAGCGCUUUCAGUGAUCUUACAGUUACUACAACUUGAAGACUUUUCAGACUUGUGUUGCAUUUCAAAGACUUUUCAAGGACUUCUUCAGCACUUCCAGGACUUUUCAAGGAACUUUCCAAGCAUUUUUUCUUAGUUUUUCUUACUUUUUUUUUAUCACUUUUUACUUUUUAGGGUGUUUUCAAAUAUGAUUUGAAAACAUUUCUGAAAAGUUGAACAGUACUUUUAAAUGGCUUUUACAUGCUUAUCAAGACCAUGACGACCCUUUCAACAACAUUUAUAAGAGACUUUUUACUGUAUUGUUCAAAGACUCCGGGACUCGUUGGUCAGAGUCUGAGGAACUUAUGGCACAUGAUGGAAAAACACACACAACCUUUGAACCCAAAAAAAUGUAUUCAUCAAAAGCUGUGUGUUAUUAAUGUGUAAACUGAAAUACAAAUGUAUAUUUAUGUGACAUAACAUUAUAUAAUGAAACUAUGUUAUUUAACCGGCAUUGACAUUCAUAACAAAUGAUGAAUAAAGGUGCAACAAAUUGGAUAUAAAGACAUGCAGGAACUUUAGUAGUAUUUCUAGUAUCAUCUUUGGAAAAUGUCCUAAUGCUGGAAAAAUAACUCAAGAUGACCAAUAAAUUGUUUGUAUAUCUUGGAGUAAAUUU